AUGGGAUGGCGGCUAAUGAGAAGACACAGAGGUGGACAAAUACCACUGAUUGCUGUUCUUGGAUGUUUCUUUGGAAAUAUUCCUUCUUCGCUCGGGAAUCUUUCUUAUCUCACUCAUCUUGAUCUUGGUGGUAACGAUUUCACUGGUGAACUACCAGAAUCAUUGAGCAACCUACACCAACUAAGAAACUUGCUACUUGCAUCGAGCAAGCUCACCGGGAACUUUCAUCAUGCACUACUGAAUUUGAGUGAGCUCACGGCGAUUGACUUUAGCUCUAACCAGUUCGAAGACCAAAAGAAUGCUCUUUUGGAGUUCAAGAGCGAGUUCCAUUUCAAUGGGAUGGCGGCUAAUGAGAAGACACAGAGGUGGACAAAUACCACUGAUUGCUGUUCUUGGAUGAGCCUUAAUCUUAGCUCCAAUAAUCUUGCCGGUAUUCUACCAGAUUCCAUCGGAAACUUCAAAUAUUUGAAGGUUUUGAAACUUUAUGGAUGCAGUUUCUUUGGAAAUAUUCCUUCUUCGCUCGGGAAUCUUUCUUAUCUCACUCAUCUUGAUCUUGGUGGUAACGAUUUCACUGGUGAACUACCAGAAUCAUUGAGCAACCUACACCAACUAAGAAACUUGCUACUUGCAUCGAGCAAGCUCACCGGGAACUUUCAUCAUGCACUACUGAAUUUGAGUGAGCUCACGGCGAUUGACUUUAGCUCUAACCAGUUCGAAGGUAUGCUCCCAUCUAACAUGAGUAGCUUCUCCAAUGGCCCUGUUGAGAUUGGGAAUAUCUCUUCACCAUCUAAACUUCAGGAACUAUCCCUUGGAGGAAACAAUCUCAGUGGGCCAAUCCCGGGAUCUAUAUCCAAACUAGUUGGGCUCUCAUAUCUCGACCUCUCUUUUUGGGACACUGAGAGGGGCUUGGUGGAUUUCAGCAUCUUCUUGCACCUCAAGUCACUUACGUUACUUGACAUCUCCCAUCUGAAUACAAGAAGUAUGCUUGACUUGAGUCUUUUCUCAAAUUUCACUUCACUUACCUUACUUCACCUCUCAGGGAAUAAUCUACAUAUCAGUUCAACUCUCCAUCUUCCCUCACCUAUAGGAUCAUUGGGUUAUCAUAGGUUUAUUGGUUUUACAUUUUCAAACUACCAUAAGUCAGUGGUUCUGGCGAACAAAGGUUCGAAAAUGGAGCUUCUUGGGAGUAGUUUUAGAAUCUACAAAACCAUUGAUGUCUCUGGAAAUAGACUCGAAGGUGACAUUCCUCAAUCAAUCGGCCUACUUAAGGAACUGAUUGUGCUCAACAUGUCAAACAAUGCUUUCACAGGGCAUAUUCCACCAUCUCUAUCGAACUUGACCAAUCUCCAGUCCCUAGAUCUAUCCCAAAACAGAUUAUCUGGCACAAUCCUACCAGAGCUCGAGAAACUCACGUUUCUGGCGUGGAUGAACUUCUCCAACAACAUGCUCGAAGGCCCAAUACCACAAGGCACUCAGAUUCAAAGCCAAAAUAGUUCUUCAUUCGCACAUAAUCCUGGGCUGUGCGGUGCUCCUCUCAAAAGGUCAUGCGGUGAAGGAAAAGAAGAAGCGAGAAAACAAGAUGAAGAAAAGGAAGAAAAAGAUCUAAGUCUUGAGCUGGAUUGGAUUGCAGCUGCAAUAGCUUAA